CUCUCUCUCUCUCUCUUCCCUUCGUCUCCUUGACACACAGCUACUCUCUCUAUCUCUGUUCCUUUGCGCUUUGUGCUCGGCACUGCCACAAUGAUUCCUUCCUCAGCUUCAUCUUCCUCGGGUUCUCGGAAGAAGAGGAUGAAGCGUGGCCCAAAAGCCCAACCGGGGACCAAGUGGCGGACCGCGGCGCAGGAGCGGGUAUACGGCCGACGCCUCCUCGAGGCCCUCCGCGCCACUGCCGAACUCGGGCCGCGCGCCGUCAAGGAGGCCGCGGACUCCGCCCUCGCGUUCACCGCCCGCGGCCGGUCCCGGUGGAGCCGCGCCAUCCUCCUCAGCCCCCGCCGCAGGGCGCGCCUCCUCCUCAGGACCGGCAGCAAGAUCCGCCGCGGCCGCAGGCGGGCGAGGGCCGCGGAAGCGGGGGAGAGGGUGAGGGGCCGGCUGCGGGUGCUUCGGCGACUGGUGCCUGGGUGCCGGACGCUGUCGGCUGGGAGCCUUCUGGAGGAAGCGGUCGACUACGUGGCGGCGCUGGAGAUGCAAGUGAAGGCGAUGAGGGCGCUCGCGGAUGCGCUCUCCCCGGCGCCAGCGGCGGCGGAGCCUGGAAGCCGAGGAGGUGUUUGAUGGGGUCUCCUUUCUUGUGUGAUACGAUGGAACAACAAUAAUUAACGUAUAGGAUUGAUGUGAAGACGAUUGGUGGGAAUGUGGUGUAACGCUUGUAGAAUCUCGAUGCUCGUAGACGCCCCUUCCGACAAGGACACAAAUCUUGAUGCAACACCGGCUUUGAUGAUUUGCUA